UUUAAUUUGCUCUGUUGAAGAUACUAUUCCGGACAAAGUUGGAGUACUUUUUCCACGUAAGCAGCUAGCUGAAAUUACUGAAAAUAACCAGAAUGCGCGCCAGAAUGAGAUAAUACAAUGACAACCACGAAGUCUAAGUUUUCAAGAGUACUUAAAAUUUUCGAUUUUUAAGGGGAAGUGGUCUGAGAAGCGAUUGGAUUCUGGUAUUGUUCGAGACGUUAUCACGGAUUAUCUGAGUCAUCUUUUGAAGUCAUCUAAACGUUCAAAGACCCCAUACGCAGCACCUCUAAUCGAAGAUGAAUUACACAGCUUAUAUUCCAGACUACCAUCUAUUCAUAGAGUAUGCCAACACGUAUGCCCAGCUACCCUUGUUUCCCUUCUUUGAUGUGGCCCAUUACAUCAUGAUGAUUCUAGCCCUCCGGAGAGAUGCAGGAGAUGGAUGCAUCUCUCUGGCGGAGAACAACCCCCUCGCUUGCUGGGUGUGUAGCAUGCUGUCCUGUUUCGCUGGAUACAUACUGAGCAAUGCUCUAUUAGGACAGUCCCUCUUGGCUCCCUUUGCAUACCACUUGAAGAUCGGCAUUGCUACAGUAGUAUGGUACCUUAUCUUCUACUCACCUGCUGAUGUGUUCUACAAGCUGGUGACCAGCUUCCCGGGGAAGCUUGUGGUCGGUCCCAUGAAGGAGGCUGUCAGGGCACGCAAGGUCGGACUGGGUGUGCUUCAGGCUGCUCAGGUCUAUCCUCAGGGAUUCAUCAUCAUGGUCAUCAUCGGAACUGUCAGAGGAUCUGGAAGUGCCUUCAUGAGGUUCUUUGAGAGAGUCUUGCGAGGAGCUUGGAAUCCGACUCAGAAUGAAUUACUCAACCCAUCAUUCACCACCAAGGCCACCAUACUCUGCAGCAUCCUCCUCACCAUGGAAACACUGGACUACAUCCCCAUAGAUGCACCAGAGCUAAUGCUGAUGCUCACGACCUUCCUGGUAGGCUUCAAGAUGGCGUCCAUCAUGUUUAAUGUCGGCGACCCGCUUGUGUCGUUAGAGAAACCCUGCCGAUCCCUACUAUUUGGAAAAUGGUUUGGAAAGGAUGCCCCCAAAGAUGAGAAAAGAGAUGAAAAGAGCAGGAAGAAGGAUGGAAAACCCAAAAAGGAAUGAAACCAGCUUGGUAGAUGGGGUAAUGUAAUAUCCCUACGCUGUCAGGAGUUUUCUGCUUCCAUCACUGAUAUAGAUCGCUCCAGAUGGUUGAUGUAGAUGAUCUUUGAAAGUAUAUUGCAGUGUUGCACUGGGUUAUCAUCAUUAGACUAUUACUUGUGAGAUGAGGGGUAUGUUAUUAGGUGAGUAUAACCGGGAAUGAAUUUACUGAGUAGAAUAUAGUAUUGCAGUGUCACUCUGGUUAUCCACGUUGGUCAGAAAGAUGAGGGAGCCAAUAUUCUUGGCCCAAGAAGUUACAAAAUAUUGCAAAGGAAAUCGCUAGUCAAUACUACAAUGCUGCAUACACUUGAUCUUUUCCAGAGGUAUGGUAUUCUGGUUAAGGCCAUCGGUUUGUCAUAGAACUUCCCUCUGUUGACAUUCUAAGGACUUCCAAUCUUAACCUGGUGACCUCAGAAAUUCUGUAAUUCUCAUAGACGUUGUAUAGGGACAAAUUGGGUUCAGAAGGCGGCAGGUUAGUUCUCAGGCUUCACUCAGCUCUGGGAACUGCAGGAAAUGCAGUACAUUCCAUAAUUGAAUCAUACAAGGUAGUAGGAGUUUCUACAGCAAGGAUUCUUUAUUGCAUAACAAAAAUUAGUGUCUUGUUACACGAUGAUGAUAACCGAGUCAAGAUUUAACCUCUUGGCUUGUAAUUUGUGUGAUUCGGAUAGGCCUUGUGCAGUCAGGGACUAAAUGGGUCCAUUAUAAGCAAACAGUUAACACGUUGACUGCUGAAUUGUGUGAUUCCCAUAGGUUUUGUACAGGGACUACUGGAUCCAGUAGACAGUGAGGUAUUAUACGGUUAUUUGUCCACAAGACCGCAACACCUUUGAUAAUAAUUAUCAGCAAACAGAUAAUUGAGAAUAAGACACAUUUUAAAAAGCAGCAUUGUAAAAUAGUAAGAAGGUUAUGUUUUGUACUAAAGUUGAUCUUUAUGUAACUUCAGAGUGGGGUGAUAAUAUGAAAUGUUAAUUUUGAAGUUUGGGGGGAUAUUUUCAUUGGUUUAGGCUUAAAGUAUUGACAUUUAUUAAUAACAAAAGGGGUCAUUUACUUUAAAAAAAACUGUUUAUUUGCACCUAUGUAUUUUGCAGUGCAUGUGGUGAUUUUAGUCAAAGUUAACACAUAUUCAAGCUUAUUUAUUACUCAUGUUCAUUGCCUUUGAAAGUAUUUGGCAGUAUAACACUUUAGGGUCCUCUCUAUUCAGUUGAGUCCAGAUGUGUUUGGACAUCCCACAUGCAAAAGGUGCAAGAAUGGUGCUAAUUCUUUUGCUUAUUAAGAUUUGAAACGAUUCCUGGAUUGUUAAUUCUCUGAAAUCUUCAGUCCCAGCAAGAGUGUUCCAUGCUGUAAAAUAUAAUUUAAUAAAAUCCUAAUGUUAGGAUUAUUUCCGAAGUUUUUUUGAAAUUCAAAGAAAUUAGGUACAAGUUAUUUUUAGAAUUACAGUGAAGAAAUUUUCUUUGUUCUUGAAUGAAAAUUCAAAGUUUUUAUAAAUGUGGACACAAGUUUUAGGUUUUCAGUGAAUAACUUUUCAAUUUAGUGAGGCUCAUACUAGAAAAGAAAUCAACCAUGAUGUAACUGAUUGUUUUCAUUACGUGAUAGUUGAUUGAUUAUGUUUACUUGAAAUGAAAUCCCCUAAUUGUGUGCUCCAUGUAUUGAGGGGUAUUGUGCAAAUGUACAACUAGAAUUACGUUGUAGAAUAAAUGUUAUAAAUAUGAUAUGGACGAUAAGAUUAUGGACAAAAUUAGACCUGCCAUUAUAGAUUUUAGCUCAAUAUCAUCUCGCCUUCUCUUUUGGUGCUGCCUCUUAUAUUGCCAAUUUUUUAUUUAUCUAAUUGCCCUCAGAAGAUAUAAGAAAAUAUACAUCAGAAGAAAUAAUUAAAUAUACAACUCAUUUAUAUUUGUGAGUGUAAUAGGAUAGUGAUUGAGAUUUGUUAAAUUCAUUGCCCAUCUCAUUGUAUGACUUACCAAGUGCAUUACAAAAUAUUGUCUGAUCUGUAAAAAGAUAAUUGUUUCUUCAUUGUUUUUUUAGAGAAUUUUCCAACAUUGCAUUUAUUGAACAUGAUGCCAACCAACUCGAAACUCACAAUAAGUCACACAGUAAUGUACCUUGCUAUGAGCAAAAACAAUUUAGUAAUUUGAUUUUUAAAGAAUCUGUCAAUUUAGAAAGUUGUUUUUGUUAAAAGUGUAAUUCUUUGUACCAUUUUUUUUAAUUUUGAAAUUCAACUCUCGAAAUAGAUGCAGGUAUAGAGUACUGAAGUGUGGCAUCAUCAAUUUUCCAUUUUGCAUGUCAUCGUUUUGAUACCAUAUUUCGAUAGAGCAUGAUGCAAAACCCCCACAAACCAAAUUUGGUGGGAAUUGGUCCACGUGGUGCUCCAAGAUAUGACCUCAUGAAUACAUAAUUAGUCCUAAUGAAGUCAAUGUAUUGGGCUCGUUCUAAAUGUUAGAAACCAGGCCAAUAAUACAUUGAGUUCAAUGGGACUGAUUAUGUAUUCAUGAGGUCAUAUCUAAGGCCUCCAUAAACCAAUUCCCUCCAAACUAUGGUGUCAAAAUCGUGGAAAUACAAAAAAUAUUUUUUUGUGACGAUGUCACUAUUUUCAUUUAUCUUCUGUACAUCUGUUAUUUUAAUCUGGUUAUAUUUUAUCUAACAUGUUAAUGUUAAAUGUUUUGGACCCCACGGAAGAUCAGCAUGACUGUGCCAGACAUGCUGAAUGUGGGCAAUCCACCGUAUAUAAUUUUCCUUUUAAUACGGAAAUAAAUACUACUACUUUGAUUUGUGGGGGACUGCAGAGAGAGUUAACAUAUCUAUUGAGCAUUAUAAAUAAUACAUGGUGAAAGUUAACCAAUUAUUUUCAGUCAGUUUCAGCUCCUUGUAAAACACCCCCCCCUAGAUUUUCCUUGUUCUAUAGGUCAUAUCUAAGGCCUCCAUAAACCAAUUCCCACCAAACUAUGGUGUCAAAAUCAUGGAAAUACAAAAAAUAGUUUUUUUGUGACGUCAUCACUUUGAUGCUCUAUUUGUGGGGGACUGCAGAGAGAGUUUCACUUUCACAUAUCUAUUGAGCAUUAUAAAUCAUACAUGGUGAAAGUUAACCAUUAUUUUCAGUAAGCUUCAACUCCUUGUAAAACACCUCUCCCCAAGAUUUUCCUUGUCCUAUAUUUCACCUUUUUCUUGCUACAUGCAGGCAAUAAUCAACUAGAUACAGUGCAAUAUCAAAUAUUCAUCUAUUUGAAAGUAAUAUUGAGUAAUAUUGAAUAUAAAUUGAGAUCAAGCAUCUCAACCCUAUUGUGUAUGACAUUGGACUCUAUAUUUAUACAUGUAUCACCCAUCAGA